CCUUGGAAAUCCUGCUGCGGAUUUUCGGGCUGUUGGUGGAGGCGAAUGGGCCCAUGCCCUUCCUCGGCAGGGCUGCACGCGUGUGCCGCCGCUGGCACGAGGCCGCCUCCCAGCCCGCGCUCUGGCACACCCUGACUCUGUCACCCCCGCUGGCGGGCCGCCCUGCCAAAGGCGGAGCCAAGGCUGAGAAGAAGCUCCUUGCUUCCCUUGAGUGGCUUAUCCCUAAUCGGUUCUCACAGCUCCAGAGGCUGACUCUCAUCCACUGGAAGUCCCAGUUACACCCUGUGUUGAAGCUGGUUAGUGAGUCCUGUCCUCGGCUUACCUUCCUCAAGCUCUCGGAUUGCCACGGUGUGACCCCCAACACUUUGAUCAUGCUAGCCAAAGCCUGCCCCCAGCUCCACAGCCUGGACGUACAACAUUCCAUGGUGGAGUCCACGGCUGUGGUGAGCUUCUUGGAGGAGGCAGGGCCCCGAAUGCGGAAGCUGUGGCUGACCUACAGCUCCCAGACAACAGCCAUCUUGGGUGCACUGCUGGGCAGCUGCUGCCCACAGCUUCAGGUCCUGGAGGUGAGCACUGGCAUCAACCACAACAUCACUCCCCUCCAACUUCCUGUAGAGGCUCUGCAGAAAGGCUGCCCCCAGCUGCAGGUGCUGCGGCUUCUGAACCUGAUGUGGCUGCCCAGGCCUUCGGGGCGAGCAGCGACUCCUGGCCCAGGCUUCCCCAGCCUGGAGGAGCUCUGCCUUGCCAGCUCCACCUGCAACUUCGUGAGCAAUGAGGUCCUGGACCGCCUGCUCCACGGCUCCCCUAACCUGCGCUUGUUGGACCUUCGCGGCUGUGCCCGAAUCACACCUGCUGGCCUGCAUGAUCUGCCGUGUCAGGAGCUGGAGCAGCUUCACUUGGGCCUGUAUGGCAUGUCAGACCGGCUGACUCUAGCCAAGGAGGGCAGCCCUCUGUUGACCCAGAAGUGGUGCCACACACUGCGGGAACUGGACUUAAGUGGCCAGGGCUUCAGCGAGAAGGACCUGGAGCAGGCCUUAGCCGCCUUCUCAGGCACCCCUGAGGGCUCACACCCAGCCCUGUGCUCCCUCAACCUCAGGGGCACCCAGGUCACACCAAGCACAGUCAGCUCUGUGAUCAGCAGUUGCCCGGGUCUGCUGUACCUCAACCUGGAGUCCUGCCGCUGCCUGCCCCGGGGCCUGAAGCGGGCCUACAGGGGCCCAGGGGAAGUCCAGUGGUGCCUGGAGCAGCUGCUAACCAGCCUCGCCUCUGUCAGCUAGGCAGCUCCAGACUCCUCGGCCGGCCAGUCCUGGCCUGCACCCUUUCCCAGUUUUGAAUGUUUGAGCGUUAUAAUAAAACAUUUUUAGGAA